AUGGUCGGCAGAUGCGUAUCGGACAGGCAGUCUGGUUUUGCAAUUCAAGCGGUGCUCGGUUCAAUGCCGCGAUUGCUUCUGAUGCACAGAGGAAAUGUUUUCAUGACGAGAACGACUCCCAGGAUGAGCAUGGACAUGAUCGUAGUGACGAAGUGGGUUCUGUUGGUCCGCUACUUGAUGAUGGCCCGCACCAAGGUGAAGGACUCGCAGAUCGAUGGUGAGCUUGUCUACGCGUAUGCCAAGACGGAGCGGUUAGGCGAGAUGGAAGAGUUCAUCAGCGGCACCAACACCGCCAACAUCCAGUCUGUCGGCGAUCGCCUCUACGACGAGAAGUUUUACAAGGCGGCCAAGAUCCUGUACGCGUCGAUUCCGAACAACGGACGCCUAGCCUCCUGCCACGUGCAGCUCGGAGAGUACACGCAGGCGGUCGAGGCGGCGAAGAAGGCGAACAACCCCAAGACAUGGCAGGAGGUGAACCUGGCCUGCGUCAAGGUGCAGAGAUUGCAGGGCAGCACAUCAUCGCCGGGUGCUGAAGAAGUCGAAUUCGAGGUCCAUCCAGAUCACUUGGAGGAGGUCAUUGCGCAGUACGAGAAGCAAGGUUGCUUCGAUGCCCUGAUGCAGCUGUUGGAGACGGGUCUUGGCAACGAGCGU